ACGUUCAACUGAACUCGUCAUAUUUGUGUGCUGCUGCCUUCUGUUGUGCUGUUUAAACUUUCCUUCUGUUCUGUGUCGCGUUCGCUGGCCGUGCUUUUCCGCGUUUGAAUAAUUAAAGACUUUUCCUUUCACACGUCAGCCACCCGAGUGCCUUACAAAAGGACCAACCACAAAGCCAGAUAACUAGGUCCUUCCGUGUCGUAUGUAAACAAGAAUUCGUCCUGGUGGCCAGCGCGAUUUGUGGUGUUUUCGUAACCUGGUUGUUGCGUUGCAAAGUGUACGGGCGCCGAGAGUGGGAAACGACGAGAAAAAAGCCAGAUUGGAAUCUGAUGGACGAGUCGCGCUGUGGAGAUUUUCGUUAGGGGGGGCCCUGCGACAGGUUGUGCUGGAGCCGUGAUGAUUGCGGUCCAUUUCGAGUGUGUCGUCGGAGCGUUGUUAUCAGCGUGCGGGUCGUGCUGCCGGGAAACCUGUGAAGUGUCUCGUAUACAAACAAGUGUGGUUGUGUGAAAACAAAACAAAGGGGAGGCAUUCGGAUUUUCCGCGAGUGCAAGUUGCAGUGAAAGCGGUCGUCGUGACCGGCUCCAAAUAGGUCCCCGAAAGAAUGUGAGGCUCCAUGGCGGCCUUCGAAGUCGCGACGAGUUGACUCACACGAGAAAGAAGUCGCGCUACGUCCAACAGGUGAGCGGCCUCGCGUACAGGUGGACCGUGAUGGUGGUUUUGCGGCCGCAGAAGCGCCUUUUGUAAGAUUGCGGUGCAAGCGGUACCUUUAAGAGGGUUUAGCGACGACUGCUGUCGCCGGGCUGACAUUCCUUUCGCAUUCUUUCGACGAACGGUCGCGGUUACAGCUCGAAGUGGCCAACCCAUCGGGCGGAAAUCCUUUACUGCGAGUUUCUGCAGAAGAAAUGCUCCAUGUCGCGCUUAUUAGUUUCUCAGAAGCGUCUCAUUAAGUGCCGACCGUUCCCACACACUAAGUUGUAAACGCUGUGAUUUUGCGUUGUUUUUACGUUUUCCGGGUCGCGCUGCAUUUCGCCACUCAAUCAAGACGCCAACCUGUUUUUUGUCGUCCGCAAUUAAUUAAAAUUCUACACAUCGGCCGAGAGCUGAUCUUUGGAGUCGUCGGCAGAUGUUUCGGGACUACUGCAAGUGCCUUGACGCCGAAUAUCUGUUUUUAAAUGUGUUGUUUCCAUCCUUUCCCACGCUGAUUCCGUUAUCAACAGUGGUCGGGCGGUACUCCCCAGCGAGCCUCCUCGGUUUGGUAUUCCAGCGCGAAUGUCGGGGUGAAGUUUCUGUGGAAAGUCGUGCGUGCUAGCAAUAUGGAAAACGACAGUAAAUUGAAAUUGGACGUGAAAAACUCAUCGUCGGACGGGUUGCUGGCGACGGCGGCUGCAAUUGGCUCCACGUCUGCUGCCGCAGUGGCGUCACCGCCAUCGAGCCAGGCAAAUGGGAAUGCAAUCAACGCUCAAAUUAGCGGUAAUCAUCAUCAGGUGCCGAACCUGGGCAGCUUGAAGUCGGAGACUUCAUCGAAUGCGAGUGUGAACGGCUCCAUAAAGAAAUGUUCGCCCGCCACGGUUCUGAUGAAUUCACGGGAGGACGUGACCUCGCUGGGCGGAGGAUCUUCAGUGAACAGUCAAACGAUGAGUCACGGGAAUCACAGCAAACAUUCGAAAGAUUCUUACCCCCAUAUGUUCAAUGGUUUACCGCCAAUGCGUCAGACAGACGAUGAAAACGAUGGCUUAGGGCCAUUACCACUAAAAUGGGAGAAGGCAUACACUGAAAAUGGGGAACUUUAUUUUAUAGACCAUAACACAGGAACAUCGCAUUGGCUGGAUCCAAGACUAUCAAAAUUUCAAAAGAAAUCGCUGGAAGAAUGCAGCGACGAUGAAUUGCCAUACGGUUGGGAGAAAAUCCACGAUCCUCAAUACGGAACAUAUUUUAUCGAUCAUGUGAAUCGGCGAACACAAUAUGAAAAUCCAGUCCUGGAAGCCAAACGACGAGCCGAGCGUAAUCGAAAUGAAACACCAAAACAAACUUUGCCAUAUCAAUUUACAAAAAAUCCAGCCGAAAUGUGCGGGGAGCGAAUAACAACAACUCUGUUGAAAUCGUCACGGGGUUUAGGGAUUACGAUUGUGGGUGGAGACGAUAAUAUUGAGGAAUUUCUUCAAAUAAAAUCGAUAGUCCCUAAUGGCCCGGCGUGGCUAGAUGGGAAGUUGCAGACUGGUGAUAUUCUAGUUUAUGUGAAUGAUACCUGCGUAUUGGGAUUUACACACCAUGAAAUGGUGAAUGUAUUCCAGUCGAUUCUACCGGGUGAAACUGUAACACUGGAAGUUUGCCGAGGAUAUCCACUACCCUUCGAUCCCAACGAUCCGAACACUGAGGUGGUGACAACAAUAGCUGUAGAUGGAAUAAAUUCCGACCCAGAAAAGGCUCGAAUACUUAUGGAUCUUAACAUGGAUGGGAACUACAAUUUCCUCGAUUUAUCUGAUUCAACAGGUGCUGUAGGAGGCGGUGAUAAUAACACUUUAGGUCAAAAGAAUCCCCUCUCCAAAAUUCAAUCGGGAAAUGGAGGAACAGAUCAGCACGAUAGUUAUAACAAUGAUGAUAUUCUAAUGUACAAAAAACCUGAAAUUCUAAACAUAUCAAUAAUCAAAGGUGUGAUGGGCUUUGGUUUCACUAUUGCCGAUAGUGCCUAUGGUCAAAAAGUGAAAAAAAUUCUAGAUAGAAACUGUUGCAAGAAUCUCCAGGAAGGUGAUAUCCUUCUCGAAAUAAAUAAUACUAGCGUGAAACAUAUGUCGCAUAGCGAAGUAGUACAGGUGCUUAAAGAUUGUCCGAAAACACAAGAGACAGUGCUGAAAGUUCAAAGGGGUAAUUAUUUCACGGGUGGAAUAAAUGGAAGCGGUCGAGCUGCGAAGGUGCGAAAGUCAGGUGGGAUGGGGAGCAAAGAGGUGUCUGGAAGUGGAUUGUAUAGAAGUAAAACUCCGACAGCUGAUUUGUAUAGUACUCAAGCGAAAGAAGUGUUGCCAAUUCGACCGAAAACACCAUUAGUAGAUACGCGCAGAGCGAGAGCUAAAACACCAAACACUGAUCUGAAUGAAGAAGUCGAGGCUGUGACGAAUUCUCUAGCGAAAAAUGAUGAUAAUAAAUCUAUCGCCGCAGAUGCUAAGUCGAAUAACAGCCUCAAUGAACUCGACUCAAUCAAUAAUGAGAUUCCUUACAUGGAUCCACUACCAAAUAUAGUUACAAGUCUUUCUGAACGUCUCGCGGAAGCGUCGAUGUUGCAAGAUAAUCAUAAUAACAUAUAUCAGAAUUCAAGAGAUCCUCUCUCUGUUACCAGCAAUCGUCCCCAUUACGAGAACCAAGUUGGCAGUGGCUCCGAUUACAAUUAUCAUUCGCCCUAUGGUAAUGGAAAUAAUGGUACUUCUUAUAAUAAUUCGAGUCUAUAUUCACCACCCCCUCCAAUGCCAUUAAUGGCAGCUCCAGUCCCUACAUAUCAUCAAGAUACCUGCUAUUGCUAUGAAUGUUGUCAGGACUAUAAUAGUAGAUAUCAAAUGGAAUAUCAUCUGCAACCGACCUCUGCUUCUCAUCAGGCACCAAGCAAUUCAAUCUAUCAUCAACAAUAUCCGCCAAUGAUGCCACCAUUACAAAAUGGCCGCGCAACACAAAAACGUGUUAAUGAGUACAUUAUCGACAGACGGAAAGCAGGCUUCAGUCCACUGGAAAAUCAUUCGGCAAAUGUUUUGCCUAAUCCGAAUUUUCCACAAGCUUACUGGAAGUACGGCACAACACCGACCACAGGACUGGUACAGCCAGUUUCUACAGAGGACGAGUAUACAUUAUCUGAAGUGACACUCGAGCGUCAAGCGCUUGGUUUUGGUUUUCGGAUAGUUGGCGGAACGGAGGAGGGAUCACAAGUGACGGUUGGUCACAUUGUUCCGGGCGGAUCUGCAGAUGGUGAUCCUCGAAUAGCCACGGGAGAUGAAAUUCUAAGUAUUGAUGGUGUUAAUGUGAUCAAUGCUUCUCAUCAUAAAGUGGUUUCGUUAAUGGGCGAAGCGGCUCUUCGCGGUCAAGUAAAAAUGAUACUCAGGCGACGUAUUCGUAAUCCUCCCCCGGUAAGAUCGAUUCGUUAUCCGUAUGAUGUAAUUGUUAGCCGAAAUGAAAAUGAAGGAUUCGGGUUCGUUAUCAUAUCAUCGUCGAAUCAAUAUUAUGGAUCGACAAUAGGCAAACUAAUACCAGGUAGUCCUGCCGAACGCUGUGGCGAUCUCAAAGUUGGUGACCGUAUCAUAGCCGUGAAUCGUAUAGAAAUUACGGGAAUGAGUCAUGGCGAUGUUGUGAACCUGAUUAAAGAUUCGGGAUUGCACGUUCGGCUGACUAUUGGUUCACCGAAAGAUAUUCCACCACUUGUUCAGCAAUCUCAGCCAUCUCCAGUCUCCGCUCCAAUGGGAACCGCACCAAAGCCUUCUGCCGUCGAAUCAGCAUAUUUCGAUCGUACGCAAUUAGUUCAACAUCCACAAUUAUGACUCUGAGAUCUGCAAAACCGUCUUUACAAAAGUUUUAUUUUCGAAGGUAUAUAAUGCCUUUCUUUUAAACAUGUGUAUUUAUUUAUUGCUGCAUUUUUGAAGAAAGUUAUUUGCCAAUAUUUUGAAAGCAUUUCAUUAGCAAGUUACUAGGAUAAGAUAGUUAUUUUUGUUUUAGUUCCAAAGACUGAUGUAUUUUAUUUUAAUGGUUUUCUCUUAUUUAAUUGCGACUAAGUGAAAUCUAUUCAACUAUUGUCAUAUUAGCUUUACAUGCCAUUGUACUUAUUUACUCAAAAAGAUAGUUUAACACGAGCUAUAUUUAAGAAUCUUUGCAUCCAUACGUACUUGUACAGAUUUAGUGCACAUUUCGAACUCGAACUUGAUACAGAGAAUAUUUGAUGCUAAUUGAAUCUACUUACACCUUUCAAUUAAUAAGCGAUCUUGCUCUUAGUUGGUGAUAUUGUAAUUAGCAAGAAUAUGAUUCAUUUUUUAUUGUACACAUAUCCUGAUGGAAUACUAUUUAUAGUAGGAAAAUUAUGUCGGGACGAUUCUAUGUUUGUAAGCAAAAUGUUUAAUAAAUUUUAUUGAAAAAUA